UGUUGUGAUGGUGGAUGAAGUGUUGAGAGAGUAUGAGGGGUUGGUGCUUGAGCACCCUGCAGGUGAAGAUGGGGAAAUCAAAGAACUGGGAGAAGCCCGUAGAACCACCGUGCAAUGGCGGAAGGAGAACAUUGUGUUUCCAGGUGAGAAGCCAACAAGCAGGCCACCUCCGCCUCCUCCGCCACCUGUGCAGUCUCCUCCGCGUGAUGAUUCUCCUCUGCGCGAUGAUGAUUCCCCUAUCCAUGACCAGUCUCCUCCGCGUGAAAAUACUCCGCCGCCUCCUCCUCCUCGUCAGGAGACUCCGCCGCUUCCACCUAAGCAAAAGAGGAAGCGGUCCGCGGCACCUCCUACAGCUCCGAAGAGAUCAUCAACUCCAAUGAGGGAACAGACUCCAGAGUUGUUGCCACAUGAGCAGACUGAAGAGCAAAAGGCGUUUCUUGCAACUGCGCCGAAGAAGAUGUUUAUUCCACCGCAGACAGUGAAGCACUUUGCCGAGACGAGAAUGAAGAGACCUGAGCUGAGAGCUGAUUAUGACCGCUCUCUUGGACAGUCCUCUAAAGCGAUGAAAGAAGCAAAAAAAGUCGCCCAGCUUGGACAGCAGGACAUUCAGGCCGCACCCCACUUCAUCGUGGAGCCAUAUCAUGAUCCAGAGACGGCAUCGAUGAUCGAACGGGCGGCUAGAGCUCAGGGAGCAUCAGUUGAGUACGAAGAUUACUAUCCAACGGCUCAAGUGGUAAACAAGUAUAGAUACGGAUCUGAUCUCGUCAAACCUGGCGAGCUCGCGCGUCUAGGGACUCAGAUGCGAAGGUUGCAUGACUGGUACCUGAAAGCCUGUCGAAGAUGUGAAACCUACAUCACGGUGUAUCUUAGAGAUGAGCAUUACUUCCGGGGGGAAGACGAGAUAAACAUUGAGUUAGAAGAACUGUUUCAGUUAUUCAAUCAAGACGCCCUCGACAAAGCUGUCAUCAGUUGCUACUGCCUAAUGAAGAAGCUGGAAUACAAAAGAGGCAAGCUCCUACCGCUGGGGUUCAUAGACCCAAACACAGUUCAUGAAGUUACGGUUCGAGACUUCGCCAAGGACACAGAGGACAACAUCGUAAUGUUUUUAGAGAAGCAAGCAGACAAAGAGGAUAUAUUCUUUCCCUACAACUUCAAGUGAGUGUUAUAUAUAACAUACAUUAUGCUUGUGCACCUUCCACUUUAUUCUCGUAAUCAUUGAGCUAUGCUUGUGCAGUUUCCAUUUUAUUCUCCUAAUCAUUGAUCUUCACCUUGGAGUCGUAAA